AUGGGCUCCACAGAAGACCUUGACUAUCCUCAAAUCAUCUUGCAAUACAACAACGGAUUUUUAGUCUCAAAGGUUAUGUUCACUGCCUGUGAGCUGGGAGUUUUUGAUCUUCUGCUGGAGUCAGGAGACCCUCUGUCUUUAGAUGUCAUUGCUGCUCGGUUGGGUACCAGCACCACAGGAAUGGAAAGACUUCUGGAUGCCUGCGUGGGAUUGAAGCUUUUAGCAGUAGAGCUGACACAAGAAGGUAGCCUCUACAGAAACACAGAAAUUUCCAACAUCUACCUUACAAAGUCAAGCCCCAAGUCUCAGUACCAUAUUAUGAUGUACUACUCCAAUACCGUCUACUUGUGCUGGCACUACCUGACCGAUGCUGUGAGAGAAGGAAGAAACCAAUAUGAAAGAGCUUUUGGUAUUUCAUCUAAAGACCCUUUUGGAGCAAUGUACAGAUCAGAAGAAGAAAUGCUGAAAUUCUUGGCUGGCCAGAACUCAAUCUGGGGUAUAUGUGGUAGAGACGUUCUUGCUGCAUUUGACCUUUCCUCUUUCACACGGAUUUAUGACUUGGGAGGAGGUGGAGGAGCUUUGGCCCGGGAGUGUGUUUCUUUGUACCCAAACUGCACAGUCACAAUUUAUGACCUGCCAAAAGUCGUGCAAGUGGCCAAGCGAUUCGUACCCCCCGAGGAGCACCGGAUUGCUUUCCAUGAGGGAGACUUCUUUAAAGAUUCAAUCCCAGAAGCUGAUCUCUAUAUUUUAUCCAAGAUACUGCAUGAUUGGGAUGAUGACAAAUGCGGGCAGCUGCUGGCAAAAGUCCACAAGGCUUGCAGGUCCGGUGGUGGGGUGCUGCUGGUUGAGUCCCUUCUGAAGGAAGAUAGAAGUGGACCUGUAGAAACCCAGCUGUAUUCACUGAAUAUGUUGGUACAGACAGAAGGAAAAGAGCGAAUACCUGCAGAGUACAGCAAGCUUCUUGCAGCAGCUGGCUUCAGAGAGGUUCAAGUGAAGAGAACUGGAAAACUCUAUGAUGCAGUUUUAGGAAGGAAAUAAUAGUAUCUUCAUGUUGUGAAGCACAGAACUGGAGAAAUGUAAUAUUCUUUUCUUAGAGGGCAGUUAUCAACUUAGCUUUUACUGAAGGCCCUCAACUCUUUUGUAAGCUGAUAUAUUGUCAGGAGAAUCAGUAAUGAUACAAUUUGAGUGUGCAUGGGUUGUGUGUCUGACCGUUUGAGUAGGACUUGCCUUCGGCUCUGAAUAGGGGAGAAAAAAUCAAAACCUGUUCCACAAGAAAUAACCCAUGAUAGAAACUUGCAGUGUGGCUGGUGGCUUUUUUUUUUUUCCAAAGUUUAUGCUUCAAGUUUAACGCAGCACCUGACAAAAGCAAAGCUGAAAUUUUACUUGGAUUCCUGCAAAAUAAAACUGA